GCUCCGGAAGCUUCGAAGCUUCAUGCAGAUAACUUGGCCACUCUCGUUAUGCCUAUUACCAGAGCCGUGCAAUUUGGCGUGGUGAUUGAAGUAUCGAUUCAUUUCGGCGGUCAGCUAUGCCGAGUUAUUGCGGAAGCCGUAUGGAAAACUAGGCUACGGCAAGGGUCGAGUCGCAUCAAGUCUCUAAUACGAGGUUUUGAGGGGACGUCAUAAAGAAAGAUAGAGAAAGAUAGCAUCACUCCACAAGCGCUGCUACUUGCCCAGCCAGUGUCGGCUUGGAAUUACUACAUAGUAGGAAGUGGGUAAGUUUCUAUAGCAUAGAUCUCGUGUAUAUAAAGACUCGGCAGGUUUGAGGUCCAAAGAGACGAGACAUGAAUGUUUUUCAUCACAGCAAGGACCUAUAGUUGAUUAAAACACCAACCCCAGCUCAAGUACCUACCCCUCCAACCUUUCAAGAUGCGUAUUUCUACCAUCACAAGUCUCGCUGCCAUUAUACCGUUCGCGAAUUCAGCUCCCGCACCUCAGGCAGAUCCCCCGGAGACUGAUCUUUGCCUGCAACGAAAGUUCUUGACGGCAGAUUUAUGCUCGGAUAUUGACUCUACCUAUACCAAUGAGACCUUGGCAGGCUUUGGUUGGUAUUGCUGUUGGUACCAAGGCCCAUUUGCGCCCCCGCCAGCUCUACCUGUGUCGUAAGUUGUUAUUUUUUUUUUUUUUUUUUGAAUAGAGAAAAUGGUUAAACUAAUAACUGUGCGAAUAGGGCCUGGUUGACAUUUGCGGAGGACGGCUCAGUUGAAAACCGCUGCUUGACCUCGGGAACUUGUAAGACGGGGUUACCUGACGGUCGUAGCUAAAUACAAAGAACGGGUUUGAAAAUAUUGUAGUCAAAUAAAUAUAAUAUAUGAAACAAUUUAAAAAGAAGAAGAGUUAGGAAUCUGAUAGUUGAUUUAGUUAAUUCUCAGCGUAGCUCAGCU